AUGACAGGGCAAGUCGCCAUCGAGCCGGUCGUCGCGUGCAGUUCUUCUUCGGAUUGCGUCGGCCUCUGCACGCCUUCUCCACCGCACAAGUGCGCCAGGGCGACGGCAGCGCGAGCGCAGCGCGGAGACAAGCCAGGGGCCGCCAGAAACGACGAUGCGACCAGGAACGACGAUGCGACCAGUAUCAGCGGUUGCAGCGACAGCAGCAGGAUCGACGAGUCGUCGAGACUCGAACCGUACCCAGGCGCCACUGGCCAGCUGCCGAUCAGCACCGAAGCCUCCGUGAGGAGCCUCGAGGACGACAGCACCGUCACCAACGUCGACGACUGUUCCUCGAUUCUGGCGCCUGCCACGAAAUCGAGCGACCGUUCCGGGAAUUCUACCGACCUGCUUUCGAAGACCGGAGCUGCUGCUGCUGGAUCGCGUUAUAUGAGGAAUAGCAGCAGCAGCGGCGGCGAAGACCUGCCGAGUGAGGGACCCGCCGAACCGUUGCAGGCGCGCACGAAUGCGUCAUCGACGACGUGCUUAGUCCCGUCUUCCGAUCCACCGGCGCCUGUGCCGAUCCAGGGGCAGCUCGAGUUGCUGCUACGCAAUCCCGACAACACCGACACUCCUCGUUCGAGCGAAAUGGACUCCCAGUCGCUGUCGGCCAUGCAGGGCUACGGCGGCAGCGAGGCGAACAGCAGCGGCCUCGGCUACCAGAACGCGUCGGCGCUUUCCGCCACGCCCCGGUCGCAGCUGGACUCGUCCGUCGCGUCUACGUCGACCGGGGCGGGCAGGAGAAUCGACCUGGGCGGUGCCGAGCGCUCCGAGGAAGAGCCCAGCGCGUCGAGCGCGCUCAGUAACGACCACUCUUCAAUGGCGAGUGGCAGCUCUUCGCCGGGGCUGCAGGCGUCCCGGAGGAUCAGGUGGGGCAAGGCCAAGAGCUAUCCGGGCAGCGAGACCGUGUCCGAACUCGAAGACGAGCGCUCCGCCGAUUUCUCGUCGCAGCUGCAAGCCUUCCGGAAGAAACAGGUCGCCAUGACGCGCGUUCCUGUCAGGCCAGUUCGCAGGGCGCCGCCACAGUUCGCGCCGCCGCAGCCGCAGUACAGAAACCAGCGAGCAAGGAUGGUCAGGGGUCCGAAGCGGCCCACCUCGAGGUCGCGCUUCGACAGAGAUAGGGAUUGGGACAGAGACAGGGACAGGAACAGGGACGAGUAG